UAUACAGUGAAUGCAGCAUAUCGUAGUUGGGGAAGUAGGAGACAAAUGAAAAGAGACGCGAUUGACUUCUGGAAACUUUUCUGAUUUGUUCUCACAAUCCACCGCUAACCCCGCCUUCAACAAGGAUUACAAUAAACACGAAUCAGGGCUGAGCCAUGGCGAAUAUUCAGAUCCGUAAGUAUCGGGACGAAGACUCUGAGGCAGUGAGGGACACCUACACCAUGGGGAUGAGCGAGCACGUGCCCUCCUCCUUCAUGCACAUGCUGAAACAGCCACCGACCCAAAUGGUGCUCAUGUGCCUGUUCUGCGCCCUCAUCACCAGCUCCAAGUCCUUCCUGUUACCCAUCCUGGCCGUCACCCUGGUCCUGGCUGGGGCCCGGCAGUUNCAAGUCAUUUGCAUCAAACUUAUAACCUUGAAAGCGCAGCAGGAAGAAUGCGCCUGCAUGUUUGGAGUGAACGCAUGUCGUGUACGCCGCAGUCACCGCAGGAUGGGCAUCGCUAAGGCUCCUGUGUCGGACAUUGCUGAAUUUACUCGUGAACGAGGUUUUGCAGCCGUUUUGCUGUUCACCUCUGUGGUGCAGACAGACGCUCAGAAGCUGUAUGAGGACAUGGGCUACAAGAAGAUACGAGAGUUUGUUAUUCCUGAGCUUGCUGCAAAAAUCAUGAACUUUACUCUGAUGGAGUACAGACUGGAUUUACAGAGAGAGGGGAAAAGUGAAUGAGUUGUUAAUUCAAUUAGACACAAAGACUAUAACAUUUUAGGGUUAAGGAACCGUCCAUUUAUCCAGUUGCAAUACUUACAUUUUGCCAGCAUUCAUUGGCCGUAAAGGGACAGUCAUGAUCGUUUAAAGUUGGGUUGUAGGAAGUACAGUAUAGCCCUUUUGAACUUGUAACUGAAGAUGUUGUAUCAUUGUAUGCUUUUCCCAAAGCCACCAGACUUUAUUUAAAAAACAGAAAUGUUACUGUUACAUUUCAGUUGUUGUCAAUAGAGCCUGGUUGAAAGACUCCAGAUCACUGAUUCGGUUCUCCGUCUAAAAGCAUGAUAAAGCAAUGGGAAUAUUUUAAAUCAAGCAAAACAAAUAUUUCAACUUAAUGGCUUGGAAACCAGGCUGGCACCAAACUAUUCCUUUAGGUCGAUAAACCACAGGCAACAGUAUCCACAUAAAGAACAGUUUACUCUACACAGGUUAAUAACAUGUUAGUAUGUUGAAUAAGCUACUUGAAAGUAAUUGUAUUAUUUAAUUUUCUAAAUGAUUUCCUUUUACAUGACACUUAUAGAAUAAACUAAUGGUUAAACAUA